AUGACAUCACGUUGUUCUAUUUGCUCAGAUACCACCGACUGCAUGAGGUGCCCCGAGGACCAGUGGUCAGAUGAGACCAGAAUUCACUGCAUUCCUAAAGUGAUUGAGUUCUUGUCGUAUGAAGAAUCAUUGGGCAUGGCAUUAUCUAGUGUUUCCACUGUAUUUUCGUUGCUGACUGUUUUUGUUCUUUGCAUCUUUAUUCGGUACCGGGACACCCCAUUGGUGAAAGCCAACAACAGAAGCCUGAGUUACUUGCUCCUUGUUGCCCUCCUGCUUUGUUUCCUUUGCUCGUUCCUGUUCAUUGGCCAUCCUGUACUGAUAACCUGCCUCAUCCGCCAAGCUAUAUUUGGGAUCAUAUUUUCACUCUGUGUGUCCUGCAUUUUUGCCAAGACAAUUACAGUUGUCAUUGCUUUCAGUGCCACAAAACCCAACAGCCCCCUAAGAAAAUGGGUGGGUUCUUCUAUUCCAAACUACAUGAUACUUGGUGGCUCCAGCAUCCAAACUGUAAUAUGUGCAUUAUGGGUUAUCAUAUACCCUUCAUCCCCAGAACUCAAUACAAAGGCAUCCAAAGGCAAAAUAACAGUAGAGUGCAAAGAGGCAUCACCGGCCUUUUUAUACGUAAUGUUGGGCUUUUUAGGGUUUUUAGCUCUAUUGACUCUUACAGUUGCUUUCCUGGCAAGAAAAUUACCAGAUGGCUUCAAUGAGACUAAGUUAAUUGCAUUUAGCAUGUUGGUUUUCACCAGCGUUUGGAUCACUUUCAUUCCAGCCUAUGUCAGUACUGUAGGAAAAUAUACUGUGGCAGUGGAAAUAUUUGCAAUAGUAUCAUCCAGCUUUGGCCUUUUGGUGUGUAUCUUUGCUCCCAAAUGUCACAUUAUCAUUCUUCGACCUCAUCAGAAUACUAGGGACUUUUUAACUGGUAAAACUGGUAAAACUUAGUUUAAAAAAUUAAAAAUAAAAAUCUGCUGUUCACUUCUA